AUGAAGAUGCUAACUAAGUUUGAAUCAAAAUCGACUAGAGCAAAAGGUAUUGCCUUCCAUCCUUCAAGACCUUGGGCUUUAGUUGCUUUGUUUUCUUCUACUAUUCAACUAUGGGACUAUAGAAUGGGUACUUUAUUACACCGUUUUGAAGAUCAUGAAGGUCCGGUUCGUAGUGUUGAUUUCCACCCAACCCAGCCUUUAUUUGUUUCCGCUGGUGACGAUUGCACCAUCAAGGUUUGGUCAUUAGAAACAAAUAAAUGUCUUUAUACAUUGACUGGCCACUUAGAUUAUGUGAGAACUGUAUUUUUCCAUCACGAAUUACCUUGGAUCAUUUCUGCUUCUGAUGAUCAAACUAUUAGAAUCUGGAACUGGCAAAAUAGAAAAGAAAUCGCUAAUUUAAUUGGCCAUAACCAUUUCGUUAUGUGUGCUCAGUUCCAUCCAACAGAAGAUUUAGUAGUUUCUGCCUCCUUAGAUGAAACAGUAAGAGUUUGGGAUAUUUCCGGUUUAAGAAAAAAACAUUCUGCUCCAGCUCAAUCAGCUUCUUUUGAAGAACAAAUGUCAACCCAACAAAAUAUUUUAGAUGGUGGGUUUGGUGACUGUGUAGUGAAAUUUAUUUUAGAAGGACAUACAAGAGGUGUCAAUUGGGUAUCCUUCCAUCCAACCUUACCUUUGAUUGUCUCUGGUAGUGAUGAUCGUCAAGUAAAAUUAUGGAGAAUGAGUGCCACAAAAGCUUGGGAAGUUGAUACUUGUAGAGGCCAUACAAAUAACGUCGAUAGUGUUAUUUUCCAUCCACAUCAAAAUUUGAUCAUCUCUGUUGGUGAAGAUAAAACUUUAAGAGUUUGGGAUCUUGAUAAAAGAACCCCUGUUAAGCAAUUUAAGAGAGAAAAUGACAGAUUUUGGCUAAUUGCUGCUCAUCCAAACAUUAACUUAUUCGGUGCUGCACAUGAUUCCGGUGUUAUGAUCUUCAAAUUAGACCGUGAAAGACCUCCUGCCACUAUUCACCAAAACCAAUUAUUCUUCAUUAAUAAAUCCAAACAAGUUCAAACUUUUGAUUAUCAUAAAAAUGUAGCUUCUUUGCCUUAUGUUUCGUUGAAAAAUAUUGGUCAAACUUGGAACGCUUUUAGAAGCGUUUCUUAUAAUCCUUCACAACAUUCUGUCUUAGUAAAUGAAGGAAACGAUAGAUUCGCUCUGGUGGUACUACCAAAACAUCCAACUGGUGCAGCUGAUCCAACAAGUAUCAUUGAGGAUGGUGGCUCUUUUGCUAUUUUUGUUGCCAGAAAUAGAUUUGCUGUUUUCCAAAAACAAACUUGCUCUUUAGAAAUUAGAACCUUAGAAAAUAAAGUUACAAAAACCAUUAAAUUAGAAAGUGCCUUAAAAGAUAUUGUUUAUGCUGGCCCUGGCUUAGUUUUAUUACUAAAGUCAAGAGGUGUUGAAUUAUUUGAUGUUCAACAAGGUAAAUCUUUAUCUGAGUUAUCUGUUAAAAAUGUUAAAUAUGUUUCUUGGUCUUACGAUGGUCAAUAUGUUGCUUUAAUGAGUAAGCAUACUAUUACAAUUGCUACUAAGAAAUUACAAACUGUUACUUCCAUGCACGAAACUAUCAGAAUCAAAAGUGCCGCUUGGGAUGAAACUGGUGUAUUAGUUUACUCAACUUUAAACCAUAUUAGAUACAUGCUAUUGAAUGGUGAAUCAGGUAUUAUUAAAACUUUAGAAAACACUAUUUAUAUUAAUAAGGUGAAAGGCAAAUUAGUCUAUGCGUUAAACCGUAAUGGUGAAAUGGACAUUCUAACUAUUGAUCCAACUGAAUAUCGUUUCAAAAAGGCUUUGGUUAAUAAAAAUUUCCCAGAAGUUUUACGUAUUAUUAAUAACUCUAACUUAGUUGGUGAAAAUAUUAUUUCUUACUUACAAAAGGCUGGCUACCCAGAAAUUGCUUUGCAAUUCGUUCAAGAUCCUCAAACUAGAUUUGACUUGGCCAUUGAACAUGGUAAUUUGGAAGUCGCUACUGAAGAAGCAAGAAAAUUAAAUAAUGAUACCACUUGGGAUAGAUUAGCUCAAGAAGCAUACCUACAUGGCGAUUUAUCUUUAGUUGAAACUAUUUACCAAUUACAAAAGAAAUUUGAUAAACUAUCAUUUUUAUAUCUAUUAACUGGUGACAAUGAAAAAUUAUCCAAAAUGCAAGACAUUGCUCAAAAUAGAAACGAUAUUUCAAGUAUAAUCUUAAAUUCUUUCUAUAAUAAUAACACUAAUGUUAGAUCUUCAAUUUUCGAAGAAGCUGGUUCUUCCGCCUUAGCAUAUGCCGUUGCUAAAGCUAAUAAUGAUGAAGCAACUGUUAAUGCCAUUUUGGAUGCCUCUGAGCUAACAGAUUCAGAUGUUGUUUUACCUGAUGUCAUGAACACAAUUGAAUCUACAAACGUUUUAAGCUUAUCAACACCAUUUAAUAAAUGGACUUUGAAAGAUGCAGAAUUAUCUUAUUUUGAAAAGGCUGUCUUAGGUCAAAUUGAAGAUCUAAAUAUCGAGGAUACAGAAGCCAAUGAUGAUAACAAUAACUCUACCCAGGAUGUGACCACAGAGUUUGCCGAUAGCGAAGGCGAUAUCUUUGACAAUGCUGAUGUAGGAGGUGCUGAUGAUGAUGCAUGGGAUAUGGGUGAAGAAGAUUUAGAUUUAGGCAACGAUUUUGAAGAGGGGCAAGCCGAUGAGACAUUGGAGGAAAACGAAUCCGAAGAAAUAACAGAAACUUCAGCUUGGAUUAAGAAUUCUAAAUUAGCCGGGGUAUUGGCUGCCUCUGGUGCAUUCGAUGCUGCUGCACAAGCUUUAAACAAGCAAGUUGGUAUUGUGAACUUCGAACCUUUAAGAAAGAACUUUAUUGGUGUUUACGAAGGAGCAAGAACCUAUAUGUCUACUACUCCAAAUGAGUUACCUUCUAUUAAGGGCCACAUACGUUUGUAUGAGGAUGAGGAUAACGGUAAAGAUUUAUCAAAUGCGUUACCUUACAUUUAUAAUAUCGAUAACGUUACUGAUCUAAUGGAUGCUGGGUUUAAACAUUUCAAAUCUAAUAAGUUGGAGUUAGCUAUUGAGGCUUUCCGUGCUGUGAUAUAUUCUGUUCUACUGUUGGUAGUAGAUACAGAAGAAGACGAAAAGACUGCUCAUAGUGCUAUUGUCAAAGCCCGUGAAUACAUUUUAGGGCUAUCUAUAGAGUUAAAACGUCGUUCCCUACCAGAAGAGGAUGUUAAACGUAACUUAGAAUUAGCUGCAUACUUCACUAGAGCCAAAUUAUUACCAGCUCAUAGAAGCAAUGCUUUGCAAGUUGCAAUGUCUCAGAAUUUCAAACACAAAAAUUAUGUUCAAGCUUCAUAUUUUGCAAGCGAAUUUUUAAAAAUCAUGUCAUCUGGUCCACGUGCUGAACAAGCUCGUAAAAUCAAAGCUAAAGCUGAUUCUGUAGCUCAUGAUGCUGUACAAAUUGAUUUUGAUCCAUAUGCUGAAUUUGAUAUUUGUGCUUCUACUUAUACUCCAAUUUACUCUGAUAGCUCAAGUGUUAGUGAUCCUCUAACUGGUGCCAAGUAUAAUGUAUCUGAAAAGGGUAAGAUGGAUUCAAUCUCUUUAAUUUCUAAAAUUGGUGCUCCAUCCUCAGGUUUAAGAAUCAACUUAACUCAGUAG